AUGGCCUGGCUAGCCGAAGUGACUAGUGCUGGUCCGAUUAUUACCUUAAUCCUAAACCUAACUCUCAACCAUCGUCCAGGUCUUGUUGGUCUCUUGCAUCGGGGUAAACAGGGGUACUUCAUCAUUGGGGUGUUCCCAGCAUUCACAGCUUGGGGCUUGUACACCUGGGCAGCAUCGAUGGUUACGUUAGGCAAUGGACUCGCAGACAAGUUGGUUGCAACCUUCCUAUUUAGCCGGCCAAUCAUCAGCACAAAGAGCGAGCCGCCAGCCGCCAGCCGCAACCGCGAGGCACAGGGAUCCUGGCGUAAUACGGACGAUGUGACUCGGUCAAUUGCCGCCGUUAAUUGCACACCCGACGGUAUGGCCCCUCAUGCGGAGCACGCGGAGCGCGCCGAGAUCUUCAUAAAAUCGGUCCGGCAAAAUCUCUCUAAAAACCGGCCUGGAGACAUGCGGCUGCUUGAAGAUUACCAUCUCCUCUCAAGUCAGCACUUCUCUGCAAAACUCGCUUUGAGGGCCAUCACAACAAAUCACGCAAUCCAGCGAAAGGCCUCGCAUAGUGAUCUCGUUCUGUUACUUCUGCAGACGUAG